GCAAAAUUACACCACUACAUGUUCAAAUGUUUCGUAUUCAACUUUUAUAACUUUUCCUUUGAGUUAUUCGUAAGGGUAGCUGCCUUUUAGAUCGACGCCUAGAAGAAUCAACAUUUGUCACGUCACUGUCACUGAAUCGGAAACUCUUAUUAUUUUGCGUGCCCAGCGACAGCGAGCCGGUGACAGCCCUCAGCUGGUCCACAAGUGCAUGGACAGAGGGAGCGUCCGGUUACAUAGCUUUGGUCCCUACCCUAUUCUUCCCACACAUCAUAGGUUAUUUUUGGCAGGAGACGCAGCUGAUUAUAGGAGUUUUUGGCCCUCCCUAAUUUUUCUUUGGCAAGCUGCUGUCCUUGUAAAGGCUUACUUGUAGGAGAGGGAGUUGUCGAGCACAGUAUUUGGUCUCUCUGACUUUCAAAAAACCCACAUUUAAUGCGCAUACCCUAUGUGUAAGCGUUACAGUGCUUUCGAUGAGUACGACUAUAGGCACCCGUUGAGAGGUACCAGCUUUCAUCAACUCACUGUAUAUUAUCGUCAUUGAGGACGCACCCAUUCUCAGCGAUUGCUCUCCAAGUGUGGAUCUAACGAGCUUCACUCAAAAGUUUCAGGGUCAAGUUCAGUUCGUGUUUAUUUGUUAAACAACGAGCAUACGAGGUGUACCGCGAAUUUCUCUCCGCUACAAUAGCAAAAGCCUACGCUACCAGUAGGUUAAAAUAAUGGAGACCAACCCUAUCCCUGUCGUUACCGUCCAGACAACACCUUUUGAUGACCAAAAACCAGGGACUAAUGGACUCAGGAAAAAGACGACGGUGUUCGAGAGCAAGAAAAACUACUUGCAAAACUAUAUCCAAAGUGUCUUGUCUUCCAUCGACCUGCGGGACCGUCAGGGAUGUACAAUGGUUGUGGGCAGUGACGGAAGAUACUUCAGCCGGACAGCAAUUGAGGUCAUCGUACAGAUGGCUGCAGCAAAUGGGAUUGGGAGGCUGGUUAUCGGCCACAACGGAAUCCUGUCCACCCCAGCUGUGUCCUGCAUCAUCAGGAAGAUAAAGGCCAUCGGAGGGAUCAUCCUCACCGCCAGUCGCAACCCCGGAGGCCCCAAUGGAGACUUUGGGAUCAAAUUCAACGUCGCCAAUGGAGGUCCUGCCCCAGAUACGGUCAUUGAUAAGAUCCACCAGGUCAGCCGUACCUUAGAGGAGUAUGCCAUAUGUCCAGACAUGCGCAUUGACCUGUCAAGACUGGGUCGGCAGGACUUUGAUCUGGAGAACAAGUUUAAACCCUUCCGAGUUGAGAUAGUGGACUCGGUGGAAGUGUACCUCAACUUGCUGCGAGGGAUUUUCGACUUUAACGCCAUCAAAGGUCUUCUGACGGGGCCAGAUCAACUGAAGAUGAGGGUGGAUGCCAUGAGUGGAGUGAUGGGGCCUUACGUCAGGAGGAUCCUGUGUGACGAGCUGGGGGCUCCAGCCAACUCGGCGGUGAACUGUGUUCCUCUGGAGGACUUUGGGGGCCACUAUCCUGACCCCAACUUGACCUACGCCACCGGGCUGGUAGAUGCCAUGAAGGGAGGAGAGUUUGGGUUUGGAGCUGCCUUCGAUGCAGACGGGGAUCGCUGCAUGAUACUGGGUCAAAAUGCCUUUUUUGUCAACCCGUCGGACUCUCUGGCUGUGGUGGCUGCCAACCUCUCCUGCAUCCCCUAUUUCCGGCAGGUGGGCGUCCGGGGCUUUGCCCGCAGCAUGCCCACCAGCACCGCCAUUGACAGGGUUGCCAAGGCUAUGAAGGUGGCCGUGUAUGAGACUCCUGCUGGGUGGAGGUUCUUCGGGAACCUGAUGGACUCUGGGCGGUGUUCCUUCUGCGGAGAGGAGAGCUUUGGGAUGGGCUCUGAUCACAUCCGGGAGAAGGAUGGCCUGUGGACGGUGCUGGUGUGGCUGUCCAUCAUGGCCGCUCGAAAACAGGGGGUGGAGGACAUCGUGAGGGACCACUGGACCAAACUGGGUCGCAAUUACUUCUGUCGGUUUGAUUAUGAGGCCAUCGACCCCCGAGCUGCAUUCUACCUGAUGAAGGAUCUAGAAGCGGUCAUCUCAGACAAAGCGUUCUGCAGUCAGAAGUUCGCCGUGGGAAACAGCGUCUACAGCGUGGAGAAGGCCGACAACUUUGAGUACAUCGACCCCGUGGAUGGGACUGUGGCCCGGAACCAGGGUUUGAGGAUCAUCUUCUCUGAGUCGUCCAGGCUCAUCUUCCGUCUCAGUGGGACAGGAGUGGGAGUGGGGGCCACCAUCCGCAUCUACGCCGAGAGCUUUGAAAGAGACCCUGAGAGACACAACAGGGAACCACAGGUGGUCCUGGGACCUCUCAUCGCCAUCGCACUAAAGAUCUCCGACAUCCACGAGCGGACUGGCCGCCGGGGUCCCACCGUCAUCACCUGACCUGACCUGACCUCCAGUCACCCGCCCGAUCCAAUUUCCCUGGCCCCAACCCCCCCCGGCCAACCUCCUCCCCUCUUCCCAUUGGACUAUCACUCCUCACCAGGGGCCAAAGCCAUGAGUCAGGCAUCCACUGAGACCCAGUCUUUCUCUGCAUCCUCCAUCUCGAUCCUCCUCCUUCUUCUCCUCCUUCUUCUCCUUCUCCUUCUCCUUCUCCUUCUCCUUUUCCCUCUCCUUCUCCCGCAUCCUCCAUCAGCUUACUGUCAUGUCACGCAGUAGACUAUCUGCCCAUCAUCGUGAGCAACACAGCAACACCCUCCACUCUGCUGUUUGCUUCCACCCUGACCCCCUGUCUAACCUCUUUCACUGGCUGCCAUUUUGGACACACAAAUGUAAACUUGGUUAGUGUGCACGUUUUCACCAUCUUCCUGUAGACCUUUUGCACUGAUACCACACUUUUAAAACUGUACCAGAGGGUGAUGCAGUCUAUCCACUGAGUAAUUAUGUCAGGUUUCAAUAUGCGUUUAUUGUCUAUAGCUGAGUAUUGGUAGGUUAUAUAUGCACAGUUAUUCAUUCACCACUGAUGUAGUAAUAUCUCCCGUGUGCUUGUGUCAUGCUGAAACACAAUGUUUUAAGAAUAGCAAAAUACAGCUCCUAAUUAUAUAAAUAAUUGUUUUGUUGUUGGCAGAGAAAAAUAUAUUUUCAUUUUCAUAUUGUCAUUUAAUUCAGUCUUUUCCAUUGAAAUGUAGGUGUUUCUUUUCUGAAUGAUGUUGUGUUUGUGGUGCCUCAUGUGUUAGUACUAGCACUAGCUGUUGUUUAGUAACUGCACUUUCAAACAGAAGAGUACCGUGUGGAAUCAGGUGUUAGAAAAACACUGCACAAGAGAGCAAACAUGUUAAAAUCCUGUGGAAUAAUAGAGAAGAGCAUUCACAAAAUGUAGGGUUUUAUUCUUUUCUUUUUUUUAUUAUUAUUGUUAUUAUUUCAAUAUUUCUAGACACCACUAACCUUAUAUUUCCUACUCACAGCCGGGUAGGCCAUUAUGAGUUGUGUGGACUUUGUGAAAAGAGUUUUCCAUGUCGUAUGUUCCAGGGGCGAGAGGUGUGUGUGUUUCAGGUCUCCUUCAUUUCCAGCUUAUUCAGUGGCAUUGUUAGGUGUUCAGCUCCUCAAUUUGACACUGAUGACAUUGUGACACAUACGGAUCCCAAUCUGUUAAACACACUUUUGAAUGAGGUUUUGGUGCUUUCCUUCCAAACGACCUCCUAUUCAGAUGCUUAUGGACAUGACUACUUGAGAUGCACAACAGUUAUAUAGAGAUCCACUUUUAAUCCCACAAAUGUAUUUCUAGUCUCAUCACAAUUUCCAACCCAAAUCGCUUUGUCAGUGUAUGUUUUCAACAUUGGUAACGAAAAUACAUACACACAAUAUGAAAUGUUUUAAACAUAUUUUCACAAACAUUUAAUGAGCACCUCAGUGCUUAGACAAUGAGGGUGUCAAAGCAGCGAUGUCUGACAUCUGACAUUGGACCUCUGAUCUCAGAGAAUGCGACUCCCCAAAAAAGCCUACUUAAUCAGACAGUGGUACUUGUAAGGUCCCUCUCUCCUCCAUUAGUACAGUGUACAUACCACAAGAAAGGCUUCACUGAAAUCACAGAGGGAAACAUGCUCUUUCUUCUCUUUUUGUUCCAGAUCCUUCUUCAUUAUUUUCAUCACCAUUUCAUCCUCAUUUUUAGUAGCUUUGGAUAGUUUGCUUUGGUCUGCUGCUCUAAACUGCAAGUCGUGAGGUCAUGACCCCGUGGAUCAUGAAAAACCUUGUCUUGAUUUUCCUUCUUAGUGAACUGAAUCAGAACAGUCAUACCCAUGCAUUCGAUUUUUUUUGGUUUUAUUAUUUUUUGAAACAAGAGCUACUACUUAUAAUGUCCAGAUUGUCCAGAGUGUAACCAACCCUGUGAGCACAAUAACGAAAUUCCCUCCAGAAGGGGGUGAAGACAUAUUUGCUUCUACAUGUUGAAAGAUAUGGCCGCCUUGUUCAAGUUACACGAGACAUGUUUAUAAGACUGCAAUUCAAUUCUGCCUUUUUUAAGAUUAAAUAGCUGAACACUGAGCAUUAGCACAUGAGUAUGUUGGCUAACUGAGUUUUACAUGGGCUGAUGUGACCUGUGACAUGUGCUUUUUUUUUUGUAUUGACAUCCCACUAAAUGAAAUGUGAACUGCUUCAUCACCCUCUGCUUGAGGGGGACCACUUGCACCCCUAUGGUUGUAAUAAAGGAAGGGAAGGAGCGGAGAGUCUGUCCAUCACUGAAAUGAGAGAAAAAAAAAAAACAAGAGAAACUAACACGUUGUUCUCAGCAGGAUUUCAUUGUUUCUAAGGCUACACUGAAAUAAAAAUGUUUUGUGUGUGUCUUUA